ACACACACACACACACACACACACACACACACACACACACACACACACACACACACACACGCACGCACGCACGCACACACACACGCACACACACGCACGCACACGCACACACACACACACCCUCCUCCCGCUCUGAAUCCGGUUCUUGAGGGAGUGACUCGAUCCAGGCGGCGUCCAAUUAUAUGGAAGCAGCACUUAUUCCACUUUAUUCCCUACAACGGUUAAGUGGCUUGAAGCCUUCAGAGGGCUUGUAGUAGAGGCAGAGCAGCGCGCACGGAGGCGUGUGACACGUGCACAGAGAGACGGUAGUGAUAUGUGCUCCAGCAGCAGGAGAAAGAAGGAUGCUCCACAUCAAAUCCACCAGGAGCCGAUUUUUUUCUUCUCCUCCAGUCUGGAAAUCCGCGGCUUAGAAUAAAUCAUUCAUGAGAGUCUGGUUCUAUUUCUAAGAGAGGAAUUGCGCUCGUGGUGAGUUUGAGCUGAGGGCAGAGGAAAGCUGUCAGACAAGUCUGUUAGAGUCUGGUGAGCUUUUAUCUUAUUUUUGAUUGAUUUUUUAUUUUGACUCAACUGUUGCUGCAGCCGGAGCGUGGAUGUGGAUGUGUCCCCUGGUCAUGCAUGCAGCCACACAGCCGGGUAACAUGGAACUGAGACUGAUCCUGUUGCAUCGGAGACACCUCCAUCGGUCCUGAUGUGAUGCCACAUUGUUGCGCUGAGGGGACGCAGCCGGCUUUUUACGGUUCCUCAUCUCUUUGUGCGACACCACGCAACCAGAUUCCGUUUUUCCUCCAACCCACGGGGACCUGUUUGGCUUUCCUAACUCUCGGACACACCUGAGCUUGGACAGGCUUUGUGCUAAAUUGACCUUAACCGCGUUUUUGACGUCCAUCUAGCGGGGAGUCAUCAUGCUGAUGAUGAUGGAGAGCAGCGGCAUGGACGCGCAUCAGGUUGAUAUCGAUUCGGAAUUCGAGCCUCACAGCCGGUCGCGCUCGAGCACCUGGCCGCUGCCGUGUCCGGAGGACUUCCCAGGAGGAGAGGAGGAGGCGUGCCGCGGAGCUUUGGCUCUGGCGUCGGUCAAAGUGGAGCAGUACAACGUUCCGGCGUGCCGGGCCGAGAGGAAAGGCGGCGCGCCGGUGGAGAUCAAGCACCCCGCAGGCGCUCCGGCCCCACUCAUGGCAGCCCCCGCCUGCAUGUCCGGGGCUGCGCUGGACGUGGCCGGUCAGCUGCGCAAAGCCAAGUCCUCUCGGCGGAACGCGUGGGGUAACCUGUCGUACGCAGACUUGAUCACUCGCGCCAUUGAGAGCGCCCCGGAGAAGAGGCUGACCCUGUCCCAGAUCUACGACUGGAUGGUUCGCUUUGUUCCUUAUUUCAAGGAUAAAGGCGACAGCAACAGUUCUGCUGGAUGGAAGAAUUCAAUUCGACAUAACCUGUCCCUGCACAGCCGCUUCAUCCGGGUGCAGAAUGAAGGAACAGGGAAGAGUUCCUGGUGGAUGCUAAACCCAGAAGGAGGGAAGAUGGGAAAGGGACCAAGGAGACGUGCGACCUCUAUAGAAAAUGGGACACACUAUCUGAAGACUAAGGGUCGCGUUAGCCGAAAGAGAGCAGGGGCUAUAGUUCUUGGAAGGGGACAAGCUCAGGGAGCUGGUCCACCAAUGCAGGAUUCCCCAGAGCAUGGCAGUCCGGCAGGCAAAGGAAGUGUAGGCAUCAGUGGUGAAGAGUAUGACAACUGGACAGACCUGCAUUCUCGCAACUCGUCCUCUGCCUCCACGCUGAAUAGCUGCCUGUCUCCAAUACUAGCAGAGACAGACACUGAUGAACCUGAGGAGGGUGGACUGUCUUGUUCAGCUUCUCCACGACUUUACCCCAGCCCUACCAGCACCCGAUCCCCAGCCUUGGGCACUGGAGGCCACUGCCCCAAUGUAGAACUUCCUCACCUCACUGACCUGACGGGGGCGAUUAGUCUAGAUGAGAAUGGCUUCUCCCAGCAACAGCAAAUAAAAUGCAAUGGUUAUCCCUAUGUGCCUGGGCCCAAAACAGAGGGGUCCUACUGUGGACCCAUGUAUGGACAGUCUUCCAUUGGAAUGUUACGACAUCACACUCCUAUGGAGACCAUUCAGGAGAACAAGCCAGUUAGCUUUCAGCAUCCCGUGAGGACGUACUCAGAGAGUAAUGCCCUGCAGAGUCUGCUGACCGGAAGUCCUUCAUACUGCAACAAAGACACUGUGUUGGGUCAGGGACGGGAAACACACACACUGUUGACACAGGGAAAAAGCAUUCACAGCCAACACCGUCACAAUCAGACUCAUGGUCACAAUCACAGCCAAGAGCAUGCUCACAAUACCAGUCUACGCAAUGGGCAUAGCUCAGUCCACGAGCAAAACACAUCCCAUCAUCAGAGCCACAAUCAGGGUCACAAACACCAAGCCAGUCUUGAAUACAGUCACAAGCCCCUCACUGCCCAUGAAUAUAGUCAGAGUCAUGAGCAUAAUCACAGAAACAAAGUCCCUCCUAGCCAUGAUCACACCCCUCACUCUAGUCAGAGUCACUUGCAUAACCACACGCCACACAACACGAAUCCUUUGCAAAGUGGGCCUCAUCAUCAGGCUCUCUCUCCACGGGUGAGCACUGACAUCCUACAGCCCUAUAGUCUCAAGACCUCGAACCACUUUGGGCUGCGCCCCCACCUCCCAACAUCUCCGUCCUUGCCGCCAAACCCUGCAGGAAUCAUGGAUGUUCCCCAGGAUCCCUGCUGCCUGGCAUCUGCACCUCACCCUCGUCACCAGUCUUACCCUGGAGCUCAUCAUCAGGCGUUGACUGACUCCUGGCAAAGUUACUAUCAUCAUAACAACCAUCAGUCAGGGAACGUUGGAUACCAGGGGCCACAACACAACUCUCACAACAGGAUAGCUGCUCAACUAGAAAUGGAGAAUGCUUCUAAUAGUCUAGACUGUGAUGUGGACCCUAUCCUGCUCAGUGACUUUAUGGACACGGACAACUUGGACUUCAACUUUGAUGGCUCUCUGUCUCAAGGGGUGGGCAUGGGAAUGGGAGUGAGUUUAGGGUCUUUUGCUUGCCCUCCGUCGGUACAUAGCAACCAGAGCUGGGUGCCAGGGUGAACUCAGACCUGAGGGUUUGGAUAGACCAUACAGCUCACUCAGUGGGCUAGGCUGCUGGUGGGCUGCACCCUUGGAAUGACUGACUGUGAUUCUUUUUCUCUGAGGCAUACUGUCAUUUUUUUCCCUUGGGACUCCCUACGUGUGCAUAUCUUACUUUUAUUUCUUCUUCCACAUGUUCUCACUAUAAAAUUUGCUCCUAAUCAAUUCAGUGCAGCAUUGCCCCAUGCCCAUUUACAGUCUGUGAAUUUUGUUGUUUCCGUUUUUAGUCUCCUCGUCCAAUCACAUUCUAAUUUUUGUGAGCUCUCAAGCACUUUACGUCCAUCUUGUCCAACAGAUGCAGUAACACAAAUACCAGACAGUCACGUGUGCUAAUUCAGGUUUAAUGUAUGCAAUCCUUUUUUCAGUAUCAUCCCCUCUCACAAAACCUGUGCUGUUCCUGUCUUGAAAACAUGAUCUAACAGCUGCGAGAUGUGGAGUUUCUCUUAGAUUGGAAUGUCAAAGAUAAGCAGUGGGGGGUUAAGGAUGACAGAGGGGGUUAUUCAUUUUGAAGAAUGAGCUAAAAUGAAAAGUGUAGAAUGAAGAAAAUCCACAGGGUCAGUGGGAUUCCUCUGCUCUCUGGUCAUCAGAGGUAUUCCCUGCUUAGUUCAGCACAGGUGGAUAGUCGUCUAUCAGGCAACCGUCAGUAUCUCUCCACUGAAAUGCAGUGUCCUUUCUUUAAUCUCCAGAGUAAUGCCAGAUUGAUGCAUCACGAAUGCAAAUUUAAUGUGCUCCUCUGUUUUUUCAACCCCCUCCCCUCCCUCCUCAGCCCGGACACACCGGCUUAAUGUGUUUUGGUGAAAGUGAUGAUAAAAGUCACUCUGCACUAAACGGGGGAGGGAUGAAAAAGGGUGGCGUUGGAGGAGGUAGGAAGGCAUUGAGAGCAGAUGAUAGAAGAGAAAUGCAAAUAUUCCCUCUGUGCCUCUCCCUCCUCGUUUUGUGGAUUUAUGUAGCUUUCCCCAUAAUGAAAUAAGCAACGAUCAGAGCCUGCUGUACAUCCUGGGAAGCUGUCUGAUUGGCCCGAGUCAGGCUGCCUCAGCUCAGCACCUUCACCAGCUGACCCCAGAACAGCUUAGCGUGCUGCCGAAGUUGGGCCUGGUUGCUGAUGGAGCAGCCAUCUUCCGAACCCCUGCAACCUUGUCUAAUUCACCAACACCCACGUUCAAGCCCACCAUGUGCGUUCAUUCUCGCAAAUUUCUCACUGAUGAACAGCAUCAGCAGAUUACUAUUUUGUGCUAUCUCCUCCACCCAGGCUCCCUCCUAUCGUGCCGCCCCAUCCCGAGGUUACUCAGAGGGUAAACAAGAGUAAUUAACCGCCAAACAAGAUGGAUGAUUUAUGCAAGUGCAUGUAUUCGCUCAUUGGCACAAAGUCAUAAUUCUUCCCUGAGCCAAGCAUCAGGAGGGGGCUUCUUGAGAAAGUGGUAUCCAACAACAAAGUAACACGUUUGCAAAGGGGUGCGUUUACAGUGUCCUUCAAGUCUUUCGAGCAUCUUCUUCACAAGCCUUCCCGCCCUAUUCUGGUCUCAAGCUUUACUUUGCUGUUGUCUUUUCCUGUGCUUGUUCCGUGGUUGUGCAAUUGUCUGUCCAAUGCAGUGUGGAUUAAAGCUUUCUUGUGCAUUUUAUCUUUGACGCUGGGAAAAAUAGACAAGACGAAUCAUUGUUCCUCUUAGGACAAACAGGAAGGGAACAUGGGAGGGAGGAACGGUGGAGAGAAAGAGAUAGAACAGGAGAAACCGAAAAGGGGAAAGCCAGAUUUGUUUGAUUGUAAGAGAUUUUCCGGCUUGGCAGCUUUCUGGAAAAUUGGCUGUUUCAAUCAGGCCAAAUGUCAAGAGCUACUCUGCCAGCUGCAGUGAGCUUUGACCAGACAGCCACUUCUCCCUCUUGAUCAAGGACAAUGACAGGUAUUUUCAUACACCCUUUGUGUGAUUCUUCUUUCUUUGUGUGUGUGUGUGUGUGUGUGUGUGUGUGUGUGUGUGUGUGUGUUAAGAUUGCCCAUUGUUGUAGCCCAAGUGUAUUUUGUGUCUGGCCCGUAAGCACUUGUGUGCCAAGCUUCUUGUGGGUGGGAGAGGAUGUGUGUGUGUGUGUGUGUGUGUGUGUGUGUGAGAGUGUGUGUGUGUGUGUGUCACAGCGAUGUACAAGAACCGAUUAAAGGAAUAUUCUUGGGAAGUUACUUGCCCUGGUAAUGUCCAAGCCUGGCUGAGUGCAGCAUACAUAAUGUAAACAGUUUAUAUUUAUUGGUUGGGGAGCUGGGUUCAUGUAAGACCCCUUACUGCUUUGUCUUCUUGUUGACAGAGUCAGAAUGCUUUUUCAGUUUACUGCAUUUCAUCUUAUACAUAAUCUAUAUUGAAAAAAAAUUGUAUUAUAAUUUUUUUUUGCAAAUAUCAGUUUCUUUUCUAAAAUGAUGUACCUGCUCAUCUGGUGGCUGUAAAAUAAAACAAAUAGAAAACAAA